AUGAUUGAGACCAGUGUUGUAGAGUUGAUUGGUCAGUUAUGUGACAUCCAUCUUGGGCCAGCACAGCGUGCCUUUCGGGUACAGCCGGCUAUUUCACACAGCAAGAAACUGAAAUGUUUGAAACAGAAGGCAUUUAAUGCUUUGUUCCAGUAUUUAAACACUGUAGAUCAUGAGUGCCUGGAAAUACAGAAUAGAAAGGAUGUUGAAGGAAUUUUGCUGGAAAUUUACAAAAUGCGUAUGCAGCGACAAUUUGAAGAUGCAGACAGACUUGAAAACUUGUUUAAUAUGCUUAGAAAAGAUUGCAGUCAGGAUGUUGGACAUAUCUUGAAGUUGAUUGUGGCCUUGAAGGGUACUGGAAAUCAGUCACAGUCAGAGCAGUUGGGAACUGGUGUCUUUAAUAUACCAGAGCCUAAGGAACUGAGAAAGGAACCAACAGUUGUUCCUGAUGGACCCUUGUGUUAUGGAGAUGUCAAACAGCUCAGCAGAAGCUCACAGUUUUACAUGCAUUAUCCAAAAGAUGUUUUUGAACGGCUUUCUGUCAACAUUACACAUGUGGAUGACAGAGCUGUACAAACAAUGUUUGACUCGUCACCAGGAGCAGGGCUAGGCAGUGGCUGUUUCUUUACAACUAAGUUUCUUCUUGGUGACUUACAUGAACAGACAACUCAUAAUUCAUUAUUUGGGGGUCUGAUGCAAGGCAGAGUGACGGAUCUUGGUACCCAGCUGUCAUUGCCAGAUUUGAGCUCAGAUUGUAGCAUAAGGAUUCCAGAGUUCAGAUGCAAAAAAUCCACAUCAUUGUCACAGAUGUCAGUGGAGUCAGGACUUGGCAGUGGUAGUGCUUCCAUGUCCAGCUCUGUGAUUACUAUUGGUGACACUUCAGAGAGCGAUGACUCGAUUUGGGAAAGAGCUCUUACAGAACCCAGGUCAAAGCACUAUACUUGGGAAUGGAUUGGAUACCCUCCAGGACCCACAGAGAAACCCCACCUGACAGAAGCUGGGCCCCAUGUGUUUGAUCUGCUGCUUCAGCUGAGGCAGAGAGUAUCUGCAAUCUUAUCUUCUGAGGCCAGUGUCCCACCGCUGGUGACAGUCCAGCCUGUUGUUCUUUUACAAAAUAUUCUGUUGAUGUUGACAGGCAUUCCAUCAUUGUUGUUUCCAUUUAGUCAGGAAACUCUUAGCUUCAGCACUAGAGAUGGACUUCACGUCACUGGGGCAUCACCAGAGAUGCUUUCUAGCUUCUUGUCAGAGUUUGUGGAAUGUGGGACAUAUUUUGCACGACUCACCAGUUUUUCACAACCUCCUGUUCUGAACUCAUUUUAUACUGGUGGCUUGGUGUUCCAAGCAUUUGCAAGAGCCAUUCGGAAGUUUCUCAGCCAUUUUACUGCAGCUGUAUUGAAAAUACCUAAAGAAGUUCCGCUGCUGAAGUUAAAAGUCUACAUGAGGAAAGCGAUGGAACAGAUAAGGUAUAUAGCAACACUUUGCCACUGUUGUAACACCACAACGUCUGCAGCCGCUCUUGGAGAUUUUCCAACAGGCAUGAAGCUGUUAACAUACCUGUAUGAUGAAGCCGAGGUAUCCAGCAGUUCAGCACAUUACCCAUUGUUGUUGUCCAUCCUCCAGACAACUUUUGCUCCGUUUGUGCUCUUCAUUCGAGACUGGGUAUUCCAUGGGGUGCACAGAGACUUUUAUGAUGAGUUCAUGAUUCAAGUUGAUAUUGACUGCAUGGAAUCAAGAGAUGAGACAUACUGGAAUAAAGCUUACACCUUGAUGCCAGAAAGAGCUGAUAGAGAAGGGGUGCCUCACUUCCUCAGAGACAGUGUCCAGGAGAUUGUCACCUGUGGCAAGUCCAUCAAUCUGUUACGUAUUUGCAACCCACAGCACUUUAUGUGUAACGUGUCAGAAAGUGACAUACCUACAUUGUCGAUUACCUUUUCCUAUGAGGACCUGAAAGUUACAGAGACAUAUUGUCAGAUCUAUGAGGGUAGGAUGAAGCAGAUGUCACAGCAUUAUACAGAUGACAGACAAGAAGUUCUGAGAAAAGUUGAACAGCAGAGAAUCGAACUACAGCAGACAGCAAGACGAAUGGCUGAUCAUGAGAUUGCUAGAUUGCAAGGUAUCAUAAAUGAAAGGAAAAAGAAAGCAACACUUAAAAAGGAAGUAGAAUUUCACCGCCUGAAAGAACAAAUGGAAGAGGACUUGAAGAGAAGAGCAGGCGAAAAGACUCAGUCAAAAGAAGACGACAAAAACUUUAUGGCAAGACUGCUUCAUAAAGAACAUGCAAUGACAGAAGAGGAAAUUGAGCUGGAAAAGAAAGCUAGAGAUGACCUGAUAGCCUACUACACUGAACUUGGUGAAGAGACCAUGCAUCGGGAGAGGCUGGCAUUGUGGAGGGUGAGGCGAGCUCAGCUGGAAACUUCUAGAGUACAUUUUCUUACAGAAGAUGCAGAACGAUGGAGACAGGAAAUGGCUGAGCACCUUCAUGCAAAGGAUUUACUUGAUGCAGCUUCACAGAAUUUACCUGGCUGGGCAUCCAAGCCCUCUGAUACACCAACUCUUGUUUCUGGAGAAGAGGAGAUAGUUCUUCCUGCUAGGAUCCAACACGGAUCCCCACUGCCUGAGCAUGUUAACUUGGGCUUACAAGAGAAUAGUCAUCUGUUGCCCAAAUGGGCUACGAGAAGCUCACAGCCAUCUGUAGAACAAUCCAGUGAAGAACUACUAGAUCUUAAUGUGGAUGAUGUGCAAACAGAGGAUAACAGUCUCGUUUGUGGAACACUGGAAGAUGUUGACAUGUCUGCCAGUCAGUCUCUGCUGCCUGAUUCACACUUAGAAACAUCCAGUGGUGUCCAGAGUACAGAGCACCUGCUAGCUGGUCAAACUCAUCCUGAAGUCUGCACCAUGGAUGAAAUAGGUACUGCAGAACUCUCAAAGUCAAAUAUAAAAUCGGUGCCAGGUGUGAACGCUGCUACAGAAACUACUGAAGCACAAGCGGUCAGACACACAAAAAGCAUACCCACAAUGUUUGCUGCCAAAGAGUCAGACCCCGAUAAAGAGAAACAGACACUUCAUGUGAAGUUCCAAGAUGCCCGUGUUAGUGAUGAGACCUCUGAAGAAAGACAGAUUAUCCCCAAAAUGGGCAAGGGUCUGAAUUCUCAGUCUGCCUCACAAGAAUCAGAAGCUCAAGUUUGGAUCAUAAAGAAGCCCAGCAUGUUUGGCCACAUCUCUCAACUAUCAAAUUCUGAAUAUAUUUUGACCGUGCCCAAGUUAAGAAGACAAAGUAUACAGCAUGCCAGUAUGGAGUCAGACUUCAAAGACUUCGCCAUAAAGCCUUGUAUUCGUAUGAAUAAAGCUAUGUCGGCAACCAAAGAAAGUGAGACGCCGUCAUCAUUAUCGGUAGCACAGAAGCCCCACACGCACAUCAGAGUGCUGUCUCACCGUAAUGCAAAUGUAGAGUCCCAAUGGGUGGAUCAUAAUGUCCAAACUGUGCAAAGAUUCCGCGCCCAAAAUGUGUGGGGUCAUUCUUCAGAUUCAACAGUACAGCACCUGUUGUAUGGUAACACCAAGUCUGUAUCCAAGAGCCAAACAGUUGAACCUUACCAGAAAAUCGAGAUUAAGCCAGGCAUACCUUACCAGGUUGAGCUGUAUGAUACUGAAUGUGUAGAAUUAGAUAGUGAACCAUUUUUGGACGUGAUGUCUCACAUCUCUAUAGCAGACCUUGGACGGGACCUGGUGGAUGCUGUCGUCUCAAAUGAGGAGAAGGUCGAAGCAUACAAGUACACUCCGCUGUCAGUCCUGCUGACUCGGUCCAUAAUGGCACCAGUCAGGGCCCAAAUUUCAUUGAUGAACUCUGCUUUGGUCAACUACUUCACAUCUGAGCUGAGGGUGGACAGCCACUUUGAAGCCAUUCGGCGCUACCUGCUGAUGGCUGAUGGGGAUUUUGCUGAAAUUCUUUCAAAUAUUUUACUAGAGAAGAUGUUGAAGAGUCCCAAGCCACGAGACAUACUGAACCCAAUGUUCUUGAAUGGUGCCUUAAAUAAAGCUGUCAGAUCUUCCAUUCAUUCUAAUGAUGCCAACGCCGAGAAUCUAAGUUUUGUCCUAAAAGAUGUGCCAUCAGUUUUUCUUCCAAAUGCUCCAAACUCUUUAAAUUGCCUCCAGCUGAUAUACAAUGUAAGCUGGCCACUCAACGUAGUCCUGACCAGUGCUUCCAUGAAGAAAUACUGUCUAGUGUUCACAUUCCUGCUGCAGAUCAAGAGGGUUGUUUGGACACUGAAAGAUAUCUGGCACAGACUCAAGAGAGAUGCUGUAAUCAACAAGGCUGGAAAUUCUGCACAGUUCCGACACCUCCAGUUGCAUCG